AUGAGCCUGUUUGAUGUAAAGAGGCUUCGAUUUUCGGUCAUUUUCGGCCUAAGGUCGCCCAGUCAAUUGUUGCCCAGGUCAUCCGUGGAGUCGUAUUUCUUCACAGUGAACAUAUUCGAUCGAUCAUUUUCUACGUCAGAGUUGUACGAGAGAUUCGGAGAGCCUGAGUCAGAGGCUGUCAUCCGUGUUAAUGGCAAGCCAUUGACGAAUGGCGUACCCGCGAAUGUAUACGUCCCCGGUUGGUUCGGUGCUUGCAGCGAUAAUAUUGCUUUAGGAGAGGAAAGAAUUAUUCUUAGUGACUUUGGAGAAUCUUUCGAUCCUCACGAAACCCUUAGCCACCUGAGGCUAGGUUCUCUGAAGACCCACCUUCCUUUGCCUCUGACAUUUGGACACUUGCCUGUACCAUCUGGGGAGAUUUUUGGCCAAGGGCCUUUAUUUAAAGCGUUUUGGCCUACUACAGACCGCGUCACUGCGGAAAGGCUAGAAUGGUUCAACGAAGAGGGCGAGUUGGAUUCGAAUCUAGACGCGUCUAGAGGUCACGACAGCAUACGCAGGACCUUGGAUAAGAAGUUUAGCCACUGCAUACAGGAGCCUCGUGCCAAGGCCAGCUUAGAAACCGUGACAGAGAAAGAGAGGAGGGCUUUCGAGGCGAUACUUCGAUCGAUGCUAGUCUUUAGACCGAAACGAAAGAGCUACAGCACAGCAGAUAUUGCACUCCGAAUGGAUGAAAGGAUGGGGACAACCAGCUCUUAA